UAGCUAUUCUAAUCGAUUAAACUAACCAGAUGGCAAUUCUGCUCGAACCAGACAAUCUGGUAACGAUAUCUGGAGAGAAGCGCGCGCACACAUGUGUCUGCAGACUGCAGCAGUUUUGUCAUCAAAGGCGAAGAGAACAGGAUAGGGAUGUCAUGGAAGGAAGAUGGAGUGAUUCAUGCAGUGUUGACCUGGCGGCUGAGACGAAGAGUACGUACGGAACCGGCCCUUCUACUUGGCAACUCGCAGCUUCAUCAAAUUCGUCCGUUUCCGCAGCUUCUGCUCUGAUAAAUCGACUCUCCUAAGUUCUCCGGACCGAGCUAGGCGUGGUGUUGCAUGGCGGGAAUGACGGUCGCCGUGCUCCUCCUCGUGGCCGGCGUGGCGCUCAUGUUCGCGCUGCACGUGCUCGUGGUCGUCUGGGCGAUCAGGCGCGGCGCGGCGUCGCGGGAGGCCCGGGAGCGCGCGGCGGCAGCAGGAGGGCUGACCGCCGAGGAGAUCCGCGAGCUGCCGUGCCAGGACUUCAAGGCCGGGGCGACCGGCGAGUGCUGCGCCGUGUGCCUGGAGGCGCUCCAGGCGGGCGACCGGUGCCGGGUGCUGCCGGGGUGCCAGCACGGGUUCCACGCGCAGUGCGUGGACUCGUGGCUGUGCAAGAGCCGCCUCUGCCCGGUCUGCCGCGCCGUGGUGCAGGCCCCCGGCCGCCGUGGGAAGGCGUCGGACGAGGCCGCCGCCACGGAGGUGGUCGCCGGAAGAUUGGGAGGUGCGGAACUGCAGAUCGGUAGCGAAUUGUGAUGAGGCUGGGACGGGACUCCUGCGGGACAGAUUAGCUUGUGCUUUUGUACAUACGAGUAGUUCUUGUUGCAUUCAGAAAUCAUUGUCCAUGUGCCUUAUAUGAUUCAGUUCGUCCUUAUGUUAUAAUUUGAUUGAAUUCAUUUUAUAGUGAUUUUUCGGAAUGGUAGUUA